AUGGUUAAAGAAAAUUCAGUUAAUUCAAUUAUAAACGAUGGCAAAUCACUUCAGGAAGUCUACUGUAUACCGAAAAGUAUUUUGUGUGGUGAAUAUAAUGUCUGUGCUGACAUUGAAAUGCAAAUGUUUGACGAUGACCAACGAAGCGGCUCAUUAGCAAAGGAAAGUAAUUGACAAUGAGCUGUUGAAUUCAACAAAUGAUAAUAAAGAUGGAUAAUGACGGGAAAAUGAAUUAUGAAAUCACUUCACUUAGCAUGAACAACAACAACUCAAGCAUACAUGAAAUAAGAAAUAUCAGAGAUUUUAAAUCUGAAGUAAAGAAACACAUUUUAAAUAAUUGAACAAUGUACCAUUUUUAACCGCCUGUAUAUAAUAGUAUAUUUUAGUCUUUCUAUUGUAAUUGUAUGCUGAAAAGCCCUUUUGGGAGCAUGUAAUUUUAUAAUACAGGGUGCAUAAAAAAAACAGGGUCCAUAAAAACUUUUUUAUAAUUUUGAAAUUCAAAUUAGUCAUAUCGUAUUGAAUUUAUAAUUACUGCUAAUCAAUUAGCGAGUCGUAAAACGAAAGAUCUUCUACUUUUGGGACAUGCACGGACAACUCAAUGAACUACCCUGUACAGUACAAGCAGCAUUAAAAUAAAGUUAAUUGAUCUCUUUUGUAAACAGCACACGUUUUUGUCACGUAUCAUUAACUCUAAUGAGAUCACUGUAAUUAUGACUAAUUUGAAUUUCAAAGACUAGCUUUUUUUAUACACACUGUAUAACGGAAUAAUUAGUAUAGGUAAUCAUGCGAUAGCGAGUACAAUUAGGGAUUAAUAGUACGAGUGUUUUGAAUUUUGCCAAAAUUGGACGAGCCGCCGGGGCGAGUCCAAUUUGGCAAAUUUCCAAACAUCACGAGUAUUAUUAAUCCCUAAUUGUAUGAGCAACAUCGCAUGAUUACUUGUCCCCGAGCGGACGGCGCGAAGCGCCGUGCGAGGGUACUAAUUCCCCCCGGCUAUUUACACCCGGGGAAACGAAAGCAUUAGCCAAGUCUAAAGUUCAUCAAUGAGCGCGGGCGUGGGUUACCGUGAGUGGUUCGGUGGGUGGUGGGUGGUCAUCCUCACUGAUCUCAAAAAUAUGGCGGACUGUCAUGAAUAGCUGACACUGAUUGGUCCAAUUUAAAGUUUGCAUUAUAACGACUGUCGACAGCGAAAUAGCAAACACUUAUAACGACUGUCGACAGCGAAAUAGCAAACAUUUCUUGAUUUGAUGAUUGAUAAAUUUCUUGCAAAUAUAUUUAAUUUUUGCUCGCAUUUUUGCAAGAUGUUGUAAAUUUCAAGAAAGAAAUUAAAGGGCGAAAGAAUCGGGUAAGAGAAGGGAGCCGACGUCAACGAAGGUAAGUUUGUUUUAAAUAUUGAUUUUAUAAUUACUUUAAAACCCGACGGCCGCUUUGGCCCUUUGGCUUUGCGUAUAUGAAACAACUAAACAAGACAGCAUAUAAUUUCAGUGUAUUAAUAAUAUUGAUUCCCUUUUUUAUUAGGCCUAUAUUGAAUUUUUUAAAUAAAAAAGAAAGCAAAAUUAUUUGCAUGCGAGAAUUUGAAAUCAUUUUAUUGCAAACUCAAAGUUUAUCGAUAAAGCCUUUUUAAUAAUUAAAGGCAGUUUUAAAUAGUUUUAUAAAGAACAUUUAAAACGUUUUGCGAAGCUUUUGUGGUUGAAUUUUACCUUAAAUUGAAGCUUAUAUUACGUAUAAUAACAUACCUAACAUAUAUAUGUUGGGAAAUUCAUAAUUUUGUAAUUAAAAGUGAUAUUUUUAGGCGAUUUUUCAUUUGUAAGAAUAUUCUUAAAAAAUUAUCGUGUUACCAUGACAACAACUUUGAAAUGGUUUUGUCAGCAAGGCGAGGGUUUCUGCAUGCAUGUAUUUUCUAGUUUAUUAUUAGCAUGACAAAAUUGGAUACGUACUUCUCAAUGUCAACAUCCGAUAUUCUCUCGCCAAAGCCCAGUCGUGCCAGACUUUCAACCAAAAUUUGGUGCUUUUGUUCGUAUUUUCAUUUAGUUCCUUUGCUAAAGCAAAAUUUGCUGCUUUUCGUAUUUUCAUCUAAUUCCUCAAGGGUAAUUUCAGUUCACGUUUGUGUUUAAAAACCUUUCCGCCAUUUUGUUUGUUUUGGGAAAAUCAUUCAUUGUACUACAGUACAAUUAACGAAAUAAUUAUACUCCUCUCAACCAAUCAGCAUCCAGUAAUUUUGUCUUGCUAAUAAUAAACUUUCUAAUAAUAUAAUAACUCCAACAGUUGAAAACAAAUAGAUACGUCGCCCUCUCCUCCGCACAGGCUUGUCGCUGGAUUAGUCUUGUGCGUUUUCGAGCAUAUAUAUUGCUGUGUGCUGCCGCCAUGUAACAUUCACUGCACUUUUAAAUUUGCAUCUUUAUUUCUCAGGAAGGCCUUCGCUCGAAACGUCGAAGUCUUACUUGUAAUUUUCGGGUAGUUGAUUCCUUUCAAUCCGCAGCUUUUUGGUUUUAUUGUCACUAUCUACGCUGACACAGACCGUUCGAUUUUAUCGGACUAAUAACACUAUAAUAAGACUAAUAAAAAUUCUCGAAAGCCUCCAUGACCAAUUAGCCAUUCCGAAGUUGAUGAGUGGAAUGGGGACGAGUGUUAAAAAGUGCACAAGUUAAGAAAUUAACCAAAUCACUAAAAAGACCACCUCAAAAUUAGUAAGUAUACAAAGUUUGAAGAUGUUCACAGGAAUAUCCUUCGAAUAAUAAGCUUUCGAGAAUCCGAUAUUUACUAUGAAAUGUAUUGCAAUUUUUGUUUUUGGGACGCGCGUCCCAAAAGCAAUCUUUUAAUCAGUAAUUUCAUAAUUUUCGAAAGUUUAUUAUUCGAAGGGUAUUCAUUUAAACGUCUUCAAACUUUGUAUACUUAUUAAUUUUGAGGUGGUCUUUUUAGCGAUUUUCUUAAUUUGGGCAGUUUUUAAUGCUCGUCCCCAGUCCACUCAUCAACUUCAGAAUGACUAAUUAUACUAAAACUGUCUGUACCAGUGUAGGUAGUACCAAUGUGAAAAUGCUGUGCUGAGUGGUUAUAUUACUACCUCAAAAAACAAGCACAAACUCGACGUUUCUAGCGAAGGCCCUUCGUCAAGAGUUAGCCUUUUUCACGAUGACGAAUAUCUGUCAUUUCAGUUGGGUGGCGGCAUCUAAUUCUCGUUAACCAAUGCAGACGAUUAAAACAACGUGAAAAGCAAUUUUUAAAAAUAAAGUAACCAUUACAAAGCAAAUUUACUAUCAUUCGUCCAAAAAAUAUGAAAAAUCGCUGUUAUGUGGACUUAUCCUGCAGACGACUUCGCCUGAAAUGCCACCCAAAAAUGGCGGCGUGAGAAAGGCUAAUUGGCAAGCCUCUGGAAGGAGAAUGAAGCUCUCAGUCUCCUGCUUUACCUCACUAGACUAAAAAAACUAAAGUAGAUAAGUUUAAAAAUAUUUUAUAGGUAUUCGCCACGCUUUAUUAAGGGAUGUAUUCGUCAGUCACCACGGACAAGUUGAAGAUAAUUGUGGCAACUGGACAUUACCAUGUCGCAGCGUGAGACAUGCUGUGAAGAUUUCCAGACCUAAUGACGUCAUUCAUAUUGAUUACGCGGAGGGAAGACCUUAUAAAGAAUGUGAACAUCUUAUUCCAAAAGAAAACCACACAAUUAUGCUGGAUAAAUCGCUAUCGUUUUACGGCUUUAAUGGAACAGCGAUAUUACAUUGUCAAGAAACUUACCCAUUUUUUGGAAUAAAUAACUCUGAGCAUACAACACCAAAAAUUGUAUUUUCUAACCUUUCACUGGCUAGCCAUGGAGAUUUACUUGAUGCUAUCUAUAACAUUUCUAGCAAGUUUGAACUCGAAUUUAAUUUCUGUGACAUAAAAAGAUCUUCGUAUUUUGUAAGGGCUAAUUCUUUAUCUUGUUCAAUUCAAGUGCUUAAUUCCACCAUUGAAAGCUAUCGAGAUCCGAUAUCGGCGGACUGCACUAAUCUGACGAUUCGUCUGAAUGGAUCGACGUUUUUCUCAUGUCAAAUUAAACUAUCUUCAGGGACUGAAUUUGGCGUAAAUUAUUACGAUUCAAAGCCAGAAUCAAACGUUCAUAUUUAUGACUGCACUUUUAAUACGACAAAAAAACCACUAUUUUGUAACUCGCUUGUUACAAUUAUUCUUGGAACUACCAUAUGUAACGUCAAUAUUAAGUCUUCUAUAUUUGUGAAUUUUUAUGAUAUUGUGGGAAUGCCAAAAUCAGCGGCACUUCUAAUAUCUUCGCUCAUUGGGAGAGUUGAAACAACCAUAGUUUUGGAUAUAUUACGUUUUGAAAACAUUGGCUGUGAUUCUGCAGUGGUAUAUAUGCAUUUAUUGCAAGCUAUCGCAGCCGAACAAUUUAAUGUCGGUAUUUUCAACUCUAUGUUCGUAAACACCACCAGAGCAUUCCAGAGCUAUGUCGACCUGUAUUACGUUAUUCCCUACGGCAUUGACUAA